AGUCAGUCACAACUGCCCAGCGGUGUUAUUAUUAUUCAUUAUUUUCAUUCCAAGUCAGGUGACUUGAAAAAUUUCAACAAUUAUGGGCACUGGCGCUAAAAACUAUCAGGCACCCGAUUGGGUGACCAUCGAGUUUCUGCAGGAUGUGCUCAAGGAGCACUUUAAGGACGAUACGUUGGAGGUAAGCGACUUGCUGGUAAAGAGCGUUAAUACGGGCGAUGCAGCGGCCGGUUUUGCAAGCGAAAUGCAUCGUGCCACCUUCAAUUUGCAACGCAACAAUGCGAAAAGCAAGUUCUCCGUCAUCAUCAAGGACCAUCCGAAGGGCCAAACUGGAGCAAUAGCGCAUCGCAGCAAACUAUUCAAGCGGGAAAUACUUACCUACCAGGAAGUGCUGCCGCGCGUGCAAUCCUUACUCGAAUCCAUUGGCGAUAAAACCAAAAUAGCGCCCAUUUGCUAUUAUACUACGGAAACGCCGGAGCCGUUUCUCAUUCUGGAGGACAUGUCGAACUUUGGCUUUGAGAACUUCGAACGUGGUCGUCUCCUAAACUUGGACUACGUACUGCCAACAAUCGAAAAAUUGGCCAAAUUGCAUGCCUGCAGCGCCUUUAUUGCUAGUGAGAGUCCUCAGGUCUUUGAUUUCUUCGACGAGGCGCCCAUUUCGCGCAAUCCUGAUCGUCGUGACUUUCUCACCUUCUUCCCCGUUAAUAUACGCUGUGUGGCCGAGGAGAUUGCCCAUUGGAAGGGCUACGAAGAGAUUACCGAGAAAACGUUCAAGCUGGCCGAAAAUGUCCUUCAGAGCGCCAUCGCCAUGUACGAUGCUCAGAAGCAGGGAUUCCGCGUUUUCAAUUUGGCUGACAUUUGGAUAGACAACUUAAUGUUUCACAUCAACAAUGAGACUAAAGAACCCGACGAUGUUGUGGUCUUUGACUUUCAAUUAGCAUUCGUAGGCUCGCCGGCGGUGGAUCUCAACUACUUUUUGUUUGGCUCUCUAAAUGAGAAUGUGCGAAAGGUGCACUUCAAGUAUAUUAUUCGGGAGUACCAACGCGUUCUGCAACAGACACUGGAGAAACUCAACUACCAGGGGCAUAUACCCACGCUAAAGGAAAUACAUAUCGAACUGAUAAACAAUAGUCUGAUUGGUGUCAUUGCGGCCACUUGCCUGACGCCCCUGAUAUUCAGGGAGAGUGGAGGGUUUGAGAAUCUGGAAGAUUUGAACUCACGCACUGAGGCCGGAGACCAAUUUCGACGUGAGAACGUUGAGAAUCCAAAAUAUCGUGCAUUUUUGCAACGUACCAUCAAGGAGUUUGAACUGUCUGGGUUCUUAGAUACAUAGUUAUACAAAAAUUAUAUAAAUUAUUAAGAAACAAUUUUAAGCAUAUCGCGAAUUAUUAAAAAAAAAACCCAACAAUUUUAGAUGAAAUACUUUUCAAACAUUUUAUAGA